UUUGCGUACGUAUAAAGCCAUAGCAAAUUAUUCUACAUUCUACACUUCUAUACUCACUCACUCAUUAACUACUAUUUCAAUUCAAUUUCGAUUCAUUUCUUCAUAUCAAAUCAAUAAUAUCAAUAUUCCUUAGGUAGUGUCUUUUAGUCCUGGGAGCUGGCCAAUCCAGAAGUUAAGUUUUCUUAGGUUGUGGCAUGCGGGUGCACCCACACGGUUCUGCCUCCAUGUACAAGCGAAUGUCGUCUAAGGAUGGUACAUAUUCGGCUGACUUAGAAGAAGAAGAUGGUUCAGAGUUUUUGCAGGAUGAUAUGGUCCCAGAGUCCACUGACCCACCUUCAAGACAUUCUUUGCCUCAUGUACUUGUGGCCUCUAUAGUCUCGUUUCUAUUUGGUUACCAUCUUGGGGUGGUGAAUGAACCGCUUGAAAGCAUUUCCCAUGAUCUUGGUUUUAGUGGGGAUAGCUUAGCCGAGGGUUUGGUGGUUAGUACCUGCCUUGGUGGUGCCUUUAUCGGAUCUUUGUUCAGUGGUUGGAUCGCUGAUGAAUUUGGGCGCCGCAGGACUUUUCAGUUAUGUGCUUUGCCUAUGGUCAUAGGUGCUGCUUGUAGUGCAACAACAAAUAAUUUGGCGGGGAUGCUACUUGGAAGGUUCAUCGUUGGAAUUGGGCUGGGGAUUGGUCCUCCUGUCGCGUCUCUCUAUAUCACAGAGGUUUCGCCUCCUUCUGUCCGUGGUACUUAUGGCAGCUUCAUUCAAAUAUCAACUUGUUUAGGGUUAAUGGGGGCUCUUUUGAUAGGGAUCCCUGUUAAGAGUAUCUCAGGCUGGUGGCGUAUUUGCUUCUGGUUAUCUACUAUUCCUUCCUCGCUGCUUGCUCUUGCUAUGAUUUUCUGUGCUGAGAGUCCACACUGGCUUUACAAGAGGGGACGUAAUACUGAAGCGGAAGUGGAGUUCCAGAAGCUUCUAGGAUCUGCAAAUGUUAGAUCAGCAAUGGCAGAGUUACUAAAAUCAGAUAGAGGAGAUGAAAGUGAUACCGUUACGAUUUCAGAACUUAUUUAUGGGCGUUAUUCUAAAGUUGUAUUUAUUGGAUCAACCCUAUUUGCUUUACAACAGCUAUCAGGCAUAAAUGCUGUCUUUUACUUCUCUUCAACUGUAUUUAGAAGUGCGGGAAUUCCGUCAAACCUUGCCAACGCCUUUGUGGGGAUCGUCAACCUAUUUGGAUCUUUCAUUGCAUUGCUUUUAAUGGAUAAACUUGGGAGGAGGGUUCUCCUUCUGUGGAGUUUCUUCGGCAUGGCAAUAUCUACGGUCUUCCAAGCAGUUGGCGCGGGUCUGUUUGCAUCAACGUCUGGGGCUUUUUACCUCUCUAUCGGUGGUAUGCUAAUGUUUGUGUUUUCAUUUGCUAUUGGAGCCGGGCCUGUUCCAGGUCUCCUCAUCUCAGAAAUCUUUCCUAGCAGAAUAAGAGCAAAAGCCAUGGCCUUUUGCAUGUCAGUUCAUUGGGUGUUCAAUUUCAUGGUGGGAUUACUCUUUCUACGCUUACUCGAGCUAAUGGGCCCUCAGCUAUUGUACUCGAUGUUGGGUACAUUUUGCUUGGUGGGAGUAGCAUUUGUUAAAAGGAACAUCAUGGAAACAAAAGGAAAAACACUUCAAGAAAUUGAGAUAGCUCUUCUGCCACAAGAAUAGACCGGAGUUUAGACAGGUUUUCUGUUAUGGUGAUAAGAGUAAAAUGGAGAUCGAUUAUAAUACUGGUACUAAUCCGAAGUAACUGAGGCUAUCUACAACAUAGGAGGUUGGUGAGCAAUGUAUUAGAGGUUAUUUGUAUGUUAGGAAGACGAUGGAUGUAAAGUAAACAAAGACUUGAUAUAUUUGAUAUGCAAAUGUGUGCAAUACUAAAUAUGAAGUAGUAUAACCUUUUUCUAAAA